GAAAAGUCAGUUUUAAAUGUUAAACAGUAGUAACAUGUUCAUAAUGUUUACAUGUGUACUGAAGACAUUUUGUUCUUUUCUCUGCAGGAUCAGUUUGAACUCAUCACCACAUGAAGACAUCAUCUUAAACAGUUUUCUCAUCAGGUCAGGACCUCCUGCUGUCUACAAGCUGAGACCAAAGAAAGAGAAGAUUGGAACUCUGACAAAAAUGACUUUUGGAGAAAAAAAUCUAAACAAGACAAACAGAAAAAUCUUACUGGUGGGAGAAACAGGAGCAGGAAAAUCUACUCUGAUCAACGCUCUGCUCAACUACACCAUGGGAGUGAAGUGGGAGGAUAGAGUCUGGUUUAACAUUGUAGAGGAGACUUGGAGAUAUCAGGCAGAAAGUCAGACAUUAGAUGUGAUCGUGUACGAGAUCUUUGGUUUUGAAGACAAAACUCUGCCCUACUCUCUGACCAUCAUCGAUACUCCUGGAUAUGGAGACGCCAGAGGGACCGAACAUGAUGACAUCAUCAGUCACAGAUUAUUGGACUUGUUUCGAUCAGAUGUUGGAGUCCAUGAAAUUAGUGCAGUGGGUCUGGUGAUGAAGGCGAGUGAUAAUCGUGUGAGUGACCGACUGAUGUACGUCUUUGAUUCAGUGAUGUCUCUGUUUGGAAAAAACAUGGAGAAAAAAAUUGUAGCUCUGAUCACACACUCAGAUGGAAGUAGGCCUAAAAAUGUUCUUAAAGCUCUUGAAGCUGCAAACAUUAAAUGUGCCAGAAACAAGAAUAAGCCUGUUUUCUUCCUGUUUAAUAACUCACAGUAUGAAGAGCGAACAGAGGAAAACAAGUCUUCAAAACUUUCGUGGGAACUCACACAGAAAAACAUGAAUCAAUUGACAGACUUCAUGGGAAACUCUAAUCCUCAAACACUGAUGAAAACAGGUGAAGUGUUAAAUGAACGAAUCAGACUGAAAGCCUGCAUCCAAAACCUGAAAGAGAGAAUUGAGCUGGGUGAACUGAAACAGACAGAAAUCAGACAGAUGCAAGAAGCUCUGAAGAAACAUGAUGAAAAACAAAGAGAAGAAAAGAAAAAGCCUGAAGAAGCUAAAAAAAUCUACGAAACUCUAAAGAACCAAUAUGUGACCAAGACAAGGAGAGUAAUGAAGACUGAUGAACAAAUGAAAAAGGAGUAUGAAAGAAUGUGUCAGAAUGUGAGAUGA